AUGAGUUUAUCUGAUCUGCUAUAAGAUUAUGGAGAUAAUGGCAAUUCUUAAUUUGCUAUAAUUCCUUAAAGUUCUAAUGAAGAGCAAGUGAAAUAAUAAUUCACAGGUCCUGCAAACUUUGCUCCAAAAUUUGAUCCCCUUUAGGAGGGAGUAGAUAAUUCAAUUUAACCACCUUCAAUGAUUAGUUUACCUAAAGCAACAGAACAAAUCAAUCCAUCUUAAUCUCCUAAUUCAGGGGCCAUCUAAUUUACUCCCAAAACUUCUUUAUUAGAAGAGAAAAUUCUAGGGAGUGUUCAAAAUAAAGAAUAAAUGCAAGAUUUAGCUUAUAGUAAUUUAAGUAAUCCUUCAAAAGAGGGAGUGAAAAAUUUCCUUAAAUUAGUAAUUGCUAAAAGCCAUUACAAUCAUUUUAUUGAUGUUUUACUUUAAAGAGCUUAUGUGAGAAAGCUGUCACAAUUUAGCAUAUAUCAAAAUACAAUACUGGAUGAUUUAAGAUACAUGGAUUCUAAAUAGCAUACACAGAAAAAUAUAAUUAGGAAGAUUUGUAAGAACUUAAGAUUUGUACCUAUUUUAGAUUAAAGCAGUGCUUUAGUUAUUGGUUGGUAAAUGUUGUACAUGCUCACAAUAAUAAUAAUAUUUUUUUGGACUCCUUUUAACUUGUCUUUUGGAAUUACAUUUGAUUAAGUUGUAUUUGGUAAUAUGAUGGUUAAAGAAGUGGAAUUUUACUUUCUGUUUUCCAUAAUAAUAGAUGGAUUUAUAGUGAUAAAUACAUCAUAUAUAGAAAAGGGAAUAAUCAUUAAGUCUAGAGGCAAGAUAUUCAUGAAUUAUAUUAAUAGCUAGGCUAUCUUUGAUUUAGUAAAAUUAUUAAAUUUAUGUUUAAGUGUUCAGUUGUUUCGAUGCUUGUAGCCUAAUAUUCAAAUAUUGAUAGUUCAUAUGAAAAUUAUGGUUGGCGAAUAAUUCCAUUAACAAUCUACUAUAGUAGUAGAGUAUUCAAACUGUAAGGGAGAGUUCAUAAAUUAGAAGAGUAGAUAAAAAUAUAUAAGUUUUAGAUUUUUCAAUUUCUCUGGAGUAGUAUAGGAUCUUAUAGAAUUAGUGAAAUUACUAUUUCUGGUAGUUUAUGUUGGCCAUCUAUUUGCUUGUCUUUGGCAUAGUGUUGCUUUCUAUUAAAUUGGACAUGAUAAAACUUGGUUAGAGAGUUAAAAUAUAGCUGAUGCUGAUAUCUUUAUAAAAUACAAUUAUGCAUUCUAUUGGGCUGUUUAAACUAUGAUUACUGUUGGUUAUGGUGAUUUAACUCCAUAAAAUAAUUAUGAAAGAUUAUGUGUCAAUUUUAGUAUGUUUUUAGCCUGUGGUGUAUUUGCUUUCUCUUUCAAUAGCAUUGGAUUAAUGCUUAGUAAUUUAAAUUCAAGAUAAGUACUCUAUAAAAGAAGUACUAAUCUACUUAAUCAAUUCUUAACUAAAAAUCAAAUUAAAGCAGAACUCUAAUCAAGAAUUAGAAAUUAUUAUGAUUAUAUUUUCUAAGAAGAAUAAGAAAUUAAUGAUGAAGAAGUCUCUUAAAUUACUACUAAACUAUCUAGUUCUUUAUAAGAAGAACUCAAUUUUGAAAUUAGACUAAAUGUUAUGAAAACUAAUUAAGUUCUAACUAGAUUCUCUUAAAAAACUUUAAGAGAAUUAUCCUUGAUUAUUGAAGAAGUGAGGUUCUCUCCUGAAGAUUAAAUUAUUUUACAAGAUAUUCAAGAUGAUUGUUCGCUUUAUCUUCUUACUAAAGGUACAGUUUCUAUUCUUUUUUAAAAUGAACCUCAAGGUAAAAAUGCUAAAGUGCUUUAAUAUUUAUAAAAAGGAUAAUCUUUUGGUGAAUAUUCAUUUUUUACUGGUCUCAAUAGAACUGCAUCAGCUAAAAGCAUUGGAUUUUCAAGAGCAUAUAAAAUCACCAGAUAAAAAUUAAUUAAUGUACUCCAAACUAAUGAAAUAGAUUUAGUAAUUUUAUUUAUUCUAUUGUUUUUUAGCAACGUUUUUGUGAAGUAAGAGAUUAAAUCUUAUAAAGUGAUAAUUAUCAAUCAGCUUAAUUAUAAUGUUAUUCAUGUAACAAAUCUAAUCAUCUAAUCAAAGAUUGUCCAAUCUUACAUUUUGUUCCAGAUAAGGAAAAAGUAAUUAAAAAAGAUAAUUUUCCAUUCUUAUAAUUAAGAAAUGUUACUUAUAUUAGAUAGAAAUCUGAUAAGAAUCAUUUUGCAACUCUUUUAGAAUUGAAAAGAAAUCAUUCACUUAUUAAAGAAUUUCAAUUAAAUGAACUUUAUAAUGAUAACCUUACAAUUAAUGAAGAUGAUUCAGAAGCUUAAUAUGAUGAUAAUGAUGGAUAUCCUUAUGACUGUAAGAUCCUUAUUUAUUUAUAUUCUAGCUUCUCAAAAUAAAAGUUACUCGAAAAUUUCUAGACAACAAUCCUAAAUUCCAUCAUAUUUAUAAAAUGAUAACAAUCAUACCAAUAAUACUAGAAAUUUAAUACCUAUUUAAGAAAAUGAUGAUUCUGAUUAAAGUCCAAAUCUUAUCAAAAAAAGAAAUGUUUCAGUCAAACAUACAGUUUAAACUGCUGGUUUUGGUUUGUAAGAUAAUCUUCAAAAGAAAAUAUCAUUCGAGGAUUAUGAAAAAGAAAUUGCUCCACAUAUCUCAAACCAUGGUGUUAGAGAAGAUUAGAGAUCUAUUUAAAAAAAUGAUGGAUUACAUAGUCCAAAAAAUUUACCUGGAAGAAUUUAACAAAAGCAUAUAAGUGCCAUUUAAAAUUAAAAUAGGGAAGAAUCCUAUUAACCAUUUUCAUCUCAAACUUAAUUAGAUAUAAAUUAAGAAAGAGAAAAACAUAUUCAUAGAAAAUCAAAACUUAGAGACAUCUAAGCAGAACUACCCAUUAUACCAUCAGUCUAAUCAAUUGAUCAUAAAAGAGUUUCAAUAGAUAUCAAUGAUAAAAGAAGAUAUACAAAAACUAAAACUAAUAGAACUGCUAAAACGCAUAGAACUACUAAAUUGGUAUCAGAUAAUCCUUCAUAAGAAAUUUCUAUACCAAUUUUUGAUAAGCAAACAUAUUCUAUGGAAUUAGAAGAAUUCGAAACUAUGAAAAAUUUCUAGUUCUAUUUUAUUUGGAAUAAUCCAAAAGUAGUUAUUGCUAAAGCACUCCGUAUUCUCACAAAAUACUUUGAACGAAAAAGAAAUUUUGUUCAUUAAUUUUCUUCAUAUACUUUUAGUGCUGAAGCAAUCAAUCAAAUUAUUAAAAUAAAAAAGAAACUUAAAUUAAUGUAUUUAUUUCAUUUAUUUUUAGAGAUGACCCAUUUUCAGAUGAAAAAAAAGAUAAAAAAAUAAUUAAUAAUCUUAAUAAACCAGUUCGAACUAGAGUGAUAAGUAAAAGAAAUACACAAGGAUAAGGAGAUGAAAUAUCAUCGUUGUUUAAUAAGAAACCUUAAUUUAAUGGAUAAAAUUAAUUAUCUCAAAGAAUUUCGAUGACCAAAAAUAGUAGAACUGAUUUUUGA